AUGCUGGCUUGGGGUGAGGAGCAGGACAGCACGCCGAGCGGAGGGCCCUCCUCGCGACCCUUGUAUGGCUCGCCGGCCAGCGAUGAGGAUGCUCCUUUCGGCCGAGGGGACCAUUCCGAUGGGCUCAUCAACCGGCUCAUCGAGGCCUGCCAGAUGGACGAUGUUCGUCGAGCCUUUGGCAUCUACGAAAGGCUGCGGAGGAUGGAGGUUCCGCUCUACGAAGGGGUCUACAAGCUCAUCAUUGAGUGUUGCACCCGUACUCACCAGCUUGGUCAUGGCAUCCAGUUCUACGAGACUCUGAAAGGCUCUGGCCAGCGGGUCUCCUCCAGGCUGCUGAUUGUUCUGAUCGAGGCUUGUGCCAGGGAGCAGCACGGUGACAAGGUUUACGCGCUGUGGCAGGACUCAUGCCCCAAGAAUGAGGAGAUCGAGAGCAGCCAUCGUGAAGUACUCUUUGUGACCCUUGCGUCCUUGGUCCGCACGAUGAGCCCUGACUUGGCCCUGGAGAUCUUGCGGGACGCCUUGCAGAGGUCCCGCGCUGGUGUGACCUGGCUGGUGGAGUCCCAGGCACAGGUCAGAGAUCUGCUCCAGCUUGUGGUGAGCGCUGCCAGCGAGGCACAGCUCGAUGGUGCGGGGCAGUUAGGCCACGGUCUCUUGGCCAGUUACAGGGGCCUCGAGGACCUACUCCAUUGGCUUCUGGAAGAAUCAGAUCGGCAGAUGCUGGCCUUUCCCAGCAAGAGCCCAGUGCUAGGUUCGGAGAGCCCCACCAGCAUUGCUACGCGGCCGCCAAGUGGCCGAGCGGGCACCGGCUUUGCUGCGGAGGAUGAGAUGCUCUUGAUGGAGGAUGUCGAUCUGGAUCUGGAGCUGGCUGCAAUGUGA